AGACAAAAAAUAAAAAUAAUUAGUACAAGAAAAUCUGCCUUGCUUAAAAUACAGGGGUUUUUUUGUUAAUUGCGUCAUAGGUUGACAGCACGUGGUUACGUCAUUAAAAUGAGUCCUGCUGGAUGAAGGAGGGCACUGGCCCCGAGAGAUGACGGAUCGAGGAACACAUCGGUGCUUGUAAAAAGAACGGAAUCUGGUAAAUGGGUUGGAUGGGGCUGUAUAGCAAGAAAACUGCGGUGAGACGUAAAUAAAGCGAAAGAGAGUUCUUGAGCCUCUUCUCCUUCUCCCUCAUCAUUUAUUACACAUUUUAUGGUUGGGCAAUUAAAUCUUUGCAAUAAUGGGAAGAAGCUACUUCGUGGAGGAAGCUGUUGGGCAAUAUUUAUCAGACCUGAGCGCUAAAUCAAAAGGUCUUAUUACUGGUCUUUUAGUAGGGCAGUGUACCCAGCAAAGAGACUAUGUUUUACUGAGUAUUCGAACACCUGUAAAAGAGGAGGAAAGUAACAGCAGUGCAAACCACCAUUCAGACUUGUCUAAUAUUGAUGAAGAAUGGACAGCAGCACAUGCCAGACAGGUAUCAAGAAUGCUUCCUGGAGGACUGUUAGUUCUUGGUGUUUUUAUCAUUUCAGUUCCAGAGCUGGCAAAAGAAGUCCAAAAUACCCUGAGGAAGCUUCUUUUUUCAGUAGAAAAGUCUGUAGCUAGAAAGAGGUUGUGGAACAUCUCCGAGGAAGAUGUAUCGGAUAGAGUGGCACUUCAUCUUUGUUCUACUACAAAGAAAAUACUUUGUCGUACCUAUGAUGUGCAAGAUCCCAAGAGUACAGCUAAGCCAGCAGACUGGAAAUACCAGAAUGCUCUUUCUGCUUCUUGGCUAUCUUUAGACUGCACGGUUAAUGUUAAUAUACAUAUUCCUCUCCCUGCUACGUUGGCCAGCCACGACCUAGAAAAAAAUACAAGGAACGGGUUAGGACGUUGGGCCCAACAGAUAGAGGCGGCUGUCUUUUUGAUAAAUGGUCAGGUCAAAGAGGAAGAUGCUGAUUUACUGGAAGGGCAGAAAAAGUCAAGAGGAUAUAUGCCAUCGGCUGCUAGGAACUUUGAUGUUAGGGUUUUAACACAGUUGAUGCAAAGUACAAACUCCAGAUCUACAGCUACAGUCCAAAUCUGCAGUGGUUCCAUAAAUCUUAAAGGAGCUUUAAAAUGUAAAGCUUACAUCCAUAAUAACAAGCCUAAAGUUAAAGACGCCGUUCAGGCCUUGAAGAGAGACAUAAUAAACACGCUGUCCGAUCGUUGUGAAAUAUUCUUUGAAGAUCUGCUCAUAAAUGAAAUGCCAGGAAAGAAAGAUUCUGAAAGGGAAUAUCACGUCUUACCUUGUAGAGUUUUCACUCCCAUUGUGGGAUCCAAUGUGUUACUUUGUGAUUAUAAGUUUGGUGAUGAGACAGUCAGGGAAAUUCAAGAGCAUUUUCUUGAAAUGCUGGAUCAAGUUGUUCAAACAGAUGAUUUGCAUAUUGCUGAGGAAAUGAAUACAGUUGAAGUAAACCUGCCAAAGGAAUUCCAGGACGACAUGCAACCAAAGCAGGUGACAAAAGAAAUGCUGCUGUUGAAACUACAGCAAAAUAUGGGAGUGGUGGUGGCAGUGGCAGUUGCCAUAUCUGCAGUAGCCUUCUCCUUUAACUACUUCAGUGAUUAAGCUUCAGAAAUCAAGAAUGAACCUCAAAACUCACGCCAUUACAGAUGUACUCCAAGGAUGCAAACUUCUUGAGCUGAAUAUGUUAAGAUAAUAUGUCAUCAUCUAAGAACAGCAAUACAUGGCUCUAAAAAGCAAUUAUCUAUCAUUCUCUUUCUGCAUGAAAGUAAUGUAGGUGGUAUACUCUGGUGGAAAAGUGGGAAGACCCACACUGUCAACUGGCACUUACAAGAGAUGAAUUUUUCAGGGGACUGUUCUAAAACAUCUGUUUUAACUUUCUCCUUACUUAAUAAACAUUUUAAAAACCCUGCUAACACAGUUACUUGAGUUUUUUUCAGGAAGUGUUGAAACUGCAUGAUAAGCAAUACUGUGAGUUCCUUUUUCUUUGAAUUAACCCACAAGUGUUUUCUUAAAUUACAUACUAACUGUGAUUAUUUUUCUUCCUCAAUUCAUCUACACCUGUCACAGAAUACAUGUGAAUGUAAGUGUGCAUGUGUGUUUAUUUCACAGCACAAAUAUCCUAUGCCAGUCCUGAUGGACACUGGGAACUCUAUUCUAUAAUAACAUAACGUAUAAUAAAACGGUUAAUUGCUGUGAUGGAUGCCCCAGCCAAAGGUUAAUUGGAAUAAGAUAGAUUUUACUUGCCUGUGAAAUGCAAGAAGAGUAACUAUACCUCUGUGAGAGAUUCCAAAGAUUGGGCUCUACUAUAGAGAAGGUCUAUCAUCUUGUCCAUGUUCUCUUCAUACCCCUCAAGAAGGAAGAAUACCAAGUACACCUUUCUCUCUCUCCCUGUUUCCCCUCUUUUAAAAAGUUGGUUUAUUUCUCUGUCCUAGGGAAAAACUUCAAAUGUUCGUGAUAGAGAUUGUUCCUUUCCUGAAAAUAAACUCAAAGGUAGUCCAUUACUUGUAUAUAACAAUAUUACAGGCUUGGAUCAUAGUGCAGGUGUUUAACCUGCUGUGGCUGCUUUGAAAUAUACAAACUUCAUUUGCUUUUUGUUUCAUGCCUGUUUCAUUGUUCACAACCAAGAGCCUUAGGGGAUUGGAUGGUUUACAAUAUUGUAAAAAUAAAUAAGUUAAAAGAAGUAAGGUAAAGAAGUAAUCUGCUCUUUUAUCCGAGUUGCUUUCGAUGUAUUUGGUUGGAUAUUGACUUGAGUAUGUUGGUCGCCUGAUUUAUAGGAACUUUAUUCAUUUAUUACUGAAGUUUGUACGCUGCUCCAUUCCUGACUGUCUCUUACACAUUAAUGUCUCUUCAACUUA